GGAAGUGGGCGGCCGGAAGUGCUGCUGGGAUUUGUAGUCCAAUCUCGGAGAAACUACAACCCCGGUCGUCAGCGCGCAUGCGUAGGCCCCCAGCCUGUAACUUGGUCCUGGGAGGCUGAUGCAAGGAAAUGAGCAGAAAUAAAAAUGAUGAAGAUGACUAUUGGAAUAACACAAAAUGCAAAGCUUACACCUUUGAUGAUGAUGAUGAUGAAUAUGCAGAGCUGAAAGCGUCCAAGCGAGCAGUGAACAGCCUCCACGGCAUCGCGGGCGAUGAUGACGAUGAUGAGAAGAUCAGCUGGAGUGGAGAGCCCGUUGGAAGUAUUUCCUGGUCAAUCAAAGAAACUGCAACAGGAGGUCGGUCAGGAGAUCUCCGAGAACUGGGAACGUUAAGGUCUUGCUCUGAUACCACGCAGCAAUCUAUUUCCAAGCCUGCCUCCACUUAUUCUCUCAGCAGUUUCUUCAAAGGUAAAAGGGAUUCUUCGACUUCUUUAUUUGGGAUCAGUCGACCUGGGAGUUUCCAGUCGCUUUCUGAUUCUGUCACAGGCACAUCCACUGUGAGUUUUGCACCUGACCUACGUAAAUCAAAGACAGAUUACAAGGACUUUUCGAUCGACUGGAGUCCACACGAGACCGUUAGACAGAUGCAGAAAGGCCGAAUGUACUCCUUGGAGAGGUUUCGCUCUUUGAAAGACAAACUGCACCUUGUGGAUGAAGCCGUGCGAAUGCACGAUGGAAACGUCAUCACUGCCGUUUUGAUAUACCUGAAAAAAACAUUAAGCAAAGAGGUUCUGUUUCGAGAGCUGGGAUACAGGCAGGUCGCCCUACAGCAGUUUGUCCACUAUCUAAAGGAGACGGGACAGCAGAAGCUACUGAUGGAGAUGCUGAAAGCCAUGGGAAGAACAGAAGAGGCUGCACUCUUACAGUACAAGGAACAUUUGAGUAUCAAAAACCACAUUAAGAAAACGGAAUAUUUAAAAAGCUGUAUCGGGCUCCCAUUUGCUUCUGAUGAUUCUGGGUUUGUCGAAGACCACUAUUCACUGCUCGACAGACAGAUUAUUAUUGAAGAGAACGAUAAACGGGUUGAGGCAUCUGGACAGAUGGAAGUGUUCAGAAAACACCCCAGGAAGGCCUCCAUCCUGCACAUGCCUCUUGUGACCACACUUUACUACUCCUGCUUCUAUCAUUAUGGAGAAUCGGAGGGAACAUUCAGUAGCCCAGCGAAUUUGAAAACAACCUUCAAAAUUUCAGACAAACAGUACUUACUCACAACACUGGCAGCUCGUGCCAAACUGAAGGCUUGGAGAGAUGUUGAUGGUCUAUUUACUACAAAGAAUUGGCUAGGAUACACCAAGAAGAAAGCGCCAAUUGGAUUUCAUCGAGUUGUCGAUAUCUUGCACAAAAACAAUGCCCCAGUUGAGGUUGUUCAGGAAUACAUAGCUUUGGUGGAUAACACAGAACUGAAGUUAAACCUUGGAACAAAGUACAAGUGCCAUAACAUUGUGAUUGAUACCUACAGGGAUCUUAAAGAUCGCCAGCAGUUGAUUCAGUACAGGAGCAAAGUGGACAAAAGCUCACAAGAACAGAGGAAGAUAGACUACAUCCUGAGCAAUUCUCAAAUCAGAUGGAAAAAUUGAUGGCUGAAGAUUCAAUGAAGGAACGUCUCUUGUGCUAAGGAAGCAGAAGGUUGUAAACCUGGCAGUGAGGAUAUGAAGGCAAAAUCUUCAUCUACAUUCAGUGACCCGCUGGACUUCUUCUCCCACGUAUUUAAAAUUAAUGAUUAUGGGAGCUUAGAAAUUAAGUGUCCUCUCCAUGUAUCCGUCAUGUGUAUCAAGUGGUUCAAAUUGCAAAGGUUCUGACUUUUAAUGGGAGGGUGGGGGGGGUGCAAGGGAGGCUGAAGCACAGAGAGGUUCAAGGGGGAGGUGCAGGUCACCCAGUCAAAAGUGUCAAGACAUCAAGCAUUGCAUUGUGUUCACCUAUUGACACAAUUGCAGACCAGCACUGGUGCUACCUGUGCCGUUGCAACACCAUUGCAGACCAACACUGUUUGAUUUUAGCCAGUUGAUGUUACUGGCUGACCUCACCGAACUGACCUUGAUGGAUGAACAAAGAAUAGUGUCGGGGGAAACGGCGUAUUAUUGCUGCGUGUGUGUGGACCCUUCAGUUCCCUUCUUCUGGUGCCCCCUCCCCUCAUGAAUCUACAAAGGUAGGAAGUCUAAUCUCUGACCUUUACUCCAGCAUAAAUGAGAGGUAGAAUACUUGUACAGUAACCAGGAAAAUGUCAUUCAUAGAGAACUACAUUUUUAAUAAAGUGCCAAACUCUGGUAAC